CGGUUGGGAGUCUUUUGGGGCACACGCUGUUUGGGGAAGUGAGAGAAGGUUGUUGUCAUUCCCGGUCUGUCACUUUAGCUUUCCUGCUCUCACCGCGACUCCGCCCCGCCGCCGCUCUUCCCGGUACACUCCAGGGACGACGCUCAAUCUGGUUGCAGAUGCUCGAGACUUGUUGUCUCCUUUACGUGCCCGUCUCGCGCCGUCACACAAAGUCUCAUAAGUUUACCUCUUUUUCUCGGAAGACUGCGCGAGGGGACCGAGGGGGUUUUUUGGUUUUGUUUUUUUUUUUUUACACGGAAUAAACGCUGACGAGCGAGGACAAUAUGCCUUUCUUUCAGGACUUUUUUGGACUUUUCCUCACAUACUCCGUCACGAUGAUGGUGUUUACAGAUGGGUGUCCUCCACCGACAGACCUGACAUACAAGUGGCUGGACCCGUUUACUGUGAACAUAUCCUGGAAGAGACCCAUGGGUCUGCCAGACAACACUACCAAGUACCAAAUUACGAAUCAUAAAGGAAAGCUGGCUCAGACGCCCCACAGAAAUUACUCAGUGAGUUUACUCACGGAAGAAGAGGGAAAGGGUUAUGGUCAUUGGACGUUCAGCAUUCAGACUUUCAGUGAAGACUGUAAACCAUCGAAUGAGAGUACACCCGCCAACAUAACCAUCUACUCCCCUAAGACCCGAGCUGAACUGGUGAAGGACAUCAAAUGUUUCAUCUCCUCCAAAGAAAUGAACUGUUCCUGGAUCCCAACAAAUCCGUCUCUAACCCUGAACAUGUUCUAUAGCAUUUGUGGAUGUUUGGAAGAAAGUCUGAAAACUUUCAAAAAGUGUGAUCGGCCUUUCAGCGAUGGAAAGAGGAAUGUUUGUGAGAUGCACACUGAUGCUCCCCCUGAGGAAGUCUGCAUCCUUGUGGAGACUGAAGCUAAAAUGAGCACCUUUAAACCUGAACUUGUGGUACCCUCCCUAAAGCCGAAGGUCACAGAAGAAGGAGACUACCUGAAAUUGAGCUGGACACGGCCAGUGUACGGAAGCAGUGAUUGCUGGAAAUACAACAUCUGCUACACAUAUUGCAAUGAGUCCAUAUGCCAGGACCUGAAGGAAGAGAAUAUGAUGAAAGUCCCCUACGUUAAAAACUGCUUUUAUGAGUUCCGAUUCACAGCCAGCACUACUGAACGUUGUAUCAAAGUGAUCAGCAACACCAGUGAAGUUGUAACUUAUGGUACUCAUGUGCCCUCUGACAGGACACUGACUGUGGUUGCCAUUGUCCUCCCUAUCAUUCUGUCCGCCUGCAUCAUUCUGUCCUGCUACUGCUUCAGGAGGCACAGGGAAAUUAUUUGCCCCAACAUACCAGAUCCUUCAGCAAUAUUCAAGGAAAUGAUGAUGAACGGAAACAAAGAACUUAAGACUACAACCAGCAGUCUCUACUCACCGGUACCAGAACCCAUUGAACCCUGCAGAAUAACCCUUGUAACCGAAAGUAGUGCCAUCCAGCAAAACUACUGACACAUGCAUGUUCGCAGCGAUGCCUGCUGUGAAGCUGGACUUCCACUCAGGGCAAAUUCAUCAGGAACAUUAACACAGUAAUUUAACACCAGUUUGAAAAGCUUUGUUUCCCUUCUGGUUGAAACUCUCAGGUCUGCUGCACGUCCGACAGGUGAGGUCAGGAGCGAACUCUGAACUCUGCACCUUUUACUGUACUGACCUGAGUAUGUCAGCCACCAGAGGUCAGCAAAAAUCUAAUUUUCAGCAGCUAUUAAGUUACUCUCUGAGGAAGUGCAUAUGUACGCUGCUGAGGCCUGUCGAGGACAGGAUAUGGAGCUGCACUGUAUCGUGGGAGCUGCCCAGCUAUGCACCCAGAAAUAGAAACAGGACCAGAGAAUCUGUCACAUCUGCGCUGUGCUGAUAUCCCCCUGUGAAGCACUGAGGAGGAAGAUGAAGAUUAGUGCUGUGUGUUUGGUUGGAUAGAGUGGAGGACUGCCAGUGGGCUAGCGGAGGCUGUAUUGACUGAGAACCACAAGACCUGUAAGAGGAGCUGGUGUACCCCUGAGUAUCUACUGUACACAUUAAGAGAUCACAAAAUCGAAAUAGGAAGAAGGGAAAGACUAAAAUGAGGCUCAUGCAUUGUCACAGCAUGAGUCUUGUUUUUAGGAAUGGCGAGCAGAUGUCGGGAUGACUGGCAUCAAAGCAUGUGCACAAUGGGCAGGAAGCAAUAAGCUAAAGUGGUACAAACUCGGUACAGACUGUACUUCUUACCACUGAGGGUGAUCCCAGGACUGCACAGGAAGCCAAGAGCUACAGUGGCUCUCCUCCUCCAUACACAUAUUGUACACCAAAUGAGCAAAACAAAGUUAUCUAGUUUGCAUGGAUAAAAAAACACUGACUUAUAAGGAACCGAUGGAGUGAGUGCAAGGCAGAUAGCUGCCUGUGCUGGAAAUCCUUUCAUCCAAUCCAAAAAACACAGAAAGAGACUCCAUUUAAAGUGUAAUGAAGCGGUAUGGCUAUGGUGUAAUUUUUAAUAUCUAAUGGAAAACAACUUAACAUGCAUGUCACUAGGAAUUCUACUGUUAAUUCACACAGGAAACUAACUGACCUGCAUGAAGUUUGCUGGCAGACACUGAGGACUCUGGAGGCUAAAUGUCUUGUAUAUUCUGGAUGAAGUAACAAUCUUCUUACAAUGGUUGAUCUGAUACGUCUCUUGAAAAUUUGACCUGCGGUGGUGUUGAGAAGCAUUUUUAAUCUCCGUACACAACUUACACCUCUUUGGAAAAGAACAACGAUAGAGAAUUGCAUCUCUAUCAACAUCUGAGCAUACAUUAGAGCGAUCACAUCUUGUCUGUCAGUCUGAUUCUGUGUAAUUUUCAGUGUACUUCCUCAACAACCAACACACCCAAAUGUAAAAUGCCAUAUCACCAUUAGUCACACCCUCCUGCUUCCUUAAACUGAGGUUUAAGCUUAUUUUAACGUUUAGUUGCUUUGUUGAAUUUGCCAACACUGUUAGCUGAUUGUUCAUGAUUUUUACUCCUUUAACUGAGAAUAAAGAAAGAGAAAGUGAAAAUGUU